CUUGGUAGAUAACUAAUAAAAUAUUCCCAGUAGAAAAUACUUUUUAAUCACAUUCUUGACAGCAUUGAUUUGAUAAAGACCAGUGGUAUUUUGUGAACACACUGAGUGAGAAAUGGAUCGACAGCAACACUACAUGAAAAGUCGCAUUGACUAAUAAAAACCCUCUUUUGUCCCUCCACAGAAUCACAAACCUCCAGAGUGCUGCGAAGCAACCUCCGCUGAUUCAGCCUCCACAGCGCAGCACAGCACCACAAGAAGCUGUGCAGAUGCGUGUAAAGAGCUCCCAGAGCUCCGGAGAACGCCUCAGUCAGUCUAAGUCCAUGGUGCUGCAGGAGUCCGACCUACCUAAAAAGCCUAUCUCUCGGCAUCGCAGGAAUCAGUCUCAGCACAACGUCUUAGUUGCAGGAGGAGGACUUGCUGUUUUUGAACCAUUGGUGGAGCUGAAAGGUGAACAUCUGAAUGUGGCGAAAAUCUCAGAGAGCGGUAAGAAGCAAAGGAAGAACUGGACCUUCAUGUGGAGCGUACUGACCUCAGACCAGCUGCUGUUUUAUAAAGAGAGACCACAAGAAACUAGUCUGAAACCAGGAAGUAAGACAGAUGUGGUUCAGCUGAGUGGAGCUCUUAUUGAGUGGACGACAGAGAAGUCGAGCAGGAAAAACGUUUUUCAGGUAACAAACCAACACAAACCUGUCACACGGUAACACUUGACAUUGUCAUGCACAUGUUUCUGCGCUGAAGCUGCUUUUUGUGGAUGAGUCCUAUUUCUCUCCAUGACAGCCACAUGCUGGACUCACAGAAACAUGAUUUCUUAUAUUUGAACUAUAGAAAAAAACCAGUUUGACUUUCUUCUUUAUUUGUAUCUCAAUAAACCACAAUGGCCUUUGAUUAAACCUUUUAUACACACACACACACACACAC